AUUAUUUUUGUAGAUGCAAGCUCGGCUGCGACAAACGUCAGCAACAUAUAGGAAUACCAGGUCAAGAAAGUGGGAAUAAUCCAAAGAUGAGUACUAAAGCAGACCUUAUUUUGGAGUGCCUAAGAAAUUUAAAAGAUGACGAUUUUAAAUGGUUCAAAGACUCUUUAUCAUCUGUUGACUACAACGGUAUUAAAAACCUGGACAUCUCAUCAUUGGAGAAGGCUAACCGCUUAAGUACCAGAAGACUAUUAGUGGAACUCUACAGUGAAGACUGUGUUGAUGUUGCUAUUCGUGUUCUACAAAAAAUUAAUUGUAAUGAUGCAGCCAAUAAACUACACCAAGUCCUCAAAAGAAAAGCUGAAACACAGGAUGAACCUGAGCAAGGAAGCAAGCAUGUAAAGUUAAGUACUUCCAUUCCUGAUCCUUCAGAUACAAAUCAAGUGGAUGGACCCUUUCUAACUGAAUACAGUCUGUCCCAGAUGGAGGAAUUUGCAAGCAAGAACAGGGGAUCUCUGAUUGAGAAGCUAAAGAAAAGGUUGGGAACAUCUGUAGUAGAAGUAAAAAAACGACUACUAAAAUCCAUGAAAUUAAAGGAAAAUUGGUUAUUGAACUGGAAAAAAGCCAAAGAAAUCAGUAGAAAACUGUAUGCAUCACAAAAUUUCCACUGGUCACUGUUAGAAGAACAACUGUUUGAAAAGGUUAACAAGUCGAAAACAAUUAGCAAAAAACUAAGUUCUGGUAGAGGGAUGGAAGAUACUGAUAAAGAUAAGGAGUAUCAGGAAGAAAACUACAAAAUGUCUCUGGCAUUUGAAGAAGAAGAUAAGGAAACUGGGGAGUAUAACGAAGAUUAUUCAGUAGUAGGGGAGGCUCAAAUUGUACAAUACAGAAAUGGGGGUGAGGAAAACAAGGAGACUCAAAUAGAAGAGGAAAAUGAAAGUAGGACUCAAGAAAAGGAUACUUCUCUAACAGACCCUUUUUCUUUACUUGAUCAAGUUUUUAAAGGAAAAGCACUUAGUCUUAAUAAACAAGAGGCAACUGUUUCUCCCAACCUUGAAGAGCACACAAGCAGAAUAAAUCCUUCUUUCAGUUGUAUGUCUAAUAGGGAGUUAGAAACUGUACAGCACAAAUUUGAUAAAAAGGAGGAUGUAUAUGCAUUUAUAGAGCAAAAAACAGAAUUCAACAAGAGUCUGAAUAGCAAGACAAGUUUGAUAAGCUCAGAUGUUACUUUAGAAAAUUGUGAACCUGAAGAUAGUGGGUUCUGUUCAAGUUCUAAUGAUUAUAGUACAUUAGAUGACAGCCAUUGUGCAGAGUAUGGUACUGGCAAUGUUACACCAAUAAAUCAAGAACAGUCAAAGGGAGAGCCAGAUAUUCUUGAACAUGGAAUUACUACUGAGGUCACUGACAAGCAAUCAUCCAUUAAAGGUCAAAAUAAUGUUUUCUCUGUACAGGGCAACAAUCAGCAUAAAUUUAUAGAACAGGAAGAGAAAAAAAUAGAGAGUCCUGCAAGAAUCAAAAGGCCCAGAAAAUAUAAAAACAAAGCAGUAGAGAAUGAAAGAAAAGAAAUACAAUUUACAAAGUGGCUGGAAUGGGAAGUUGAGAAGGUAGCUAAAGUAAGAAAGACAGAGAAAAAAGAAAUAAAAGAUGAGAUCCAAUCCAGCAUUGAAUUUAUAGAUACGCGGGAACAUAAGACAUGCAGAUGUUUGGCUGUUCACAAUUGCAUCCUUUAUACCAGUAUUAUCGAUAGAGAGAAAAGAUUGAUUCAGCUGGAAAAUACUCGAUCAGAGUGCCUUACUAAUAAAAGAGAACCACGUGAGGAAUUCAGGUUCAAGUGGCAGUACUACAUGUGGAUGUUUGAGGGUUUCAAAAAGACAGAUGUAGUCUUCUGUGAUAGUGAUAAGAUCUAUUCACCGGAGUAUGAGGAGACCUGGUUUAAAAAUUUUCAUACUCGGUUCCCCCUGUUUCUAGAUUAAGAAGUCCUUCCGGUCAUUGCUCUCUACAAAGAGGCUCAGCAGGAGAACAAGUUCAGAUUCAUAGAAAAUUAAAUGCAGUGAAGAGCCAAACCUCAGUGAGCACUUUUUUACUUUUACUUUUUUUUUUUUUUUUUUUUUGAACUCAGCAUUCCAGUCUUUUAAGAUACAGCUGUUUAACUAUUGGGUGUGUUGAGCAUGGGAGAAUAAAUGUAAUACAGUUACAAAUUUUCAAAAUAUUUUUAUACCUGGUAGGUGUAUUAAAAUAUUCUGUACCAUCUGUAUUCAGCAUAAUUACAAAGACGAUAAUGAAAGUUAAUACUUAAUACUUAAGUAAGUUUAUAUAAUAUGUUUAUAUUUAGAUAUACAUGUUUCACAAAAACUUUUAAUCUGUUUAACUAUUUUGAAACCUUAAGAAAACGGCAUGUUAACGAUUAUACCAUUUAUCUUUGUUCUAAUUGGUGCAAACUGAUAUGCUUCUUUACUAUGUUAUGUAAAUGAACUAGGCUUAAGAUCAUUGCUUUGUUAUAUUCUAAAGUCUUGUCAUAGAAAACUGGGCUGUUCACAUGGUGGGCUCACUCAGGCUUAUUUUAAUAAAGGACAACCAUUAUUUUAUUCAUUUUUAA